AUGGGACGCAGGAUCCGUGUACAGCGUAAGGGUGCGGGAUCGGUCUUCCGCGCACACGUAGCACGACGCCUUGGGGCCGCGAAGCUCCGCGCCAACGAUUUUGCAGAGCGCACAGGCUCUGUCCGUGGCGUCGUCAAGGCGAUUCUCCACGACAGAGGCCGCGGCGCGCCCCUCGCAAGGGUUCAGUUCCCCAACAUGCGUGGGGAGGGCCGCGUGAACGAGCUCUUCAUCGCCCCGGAGGGUAUGUACACAGGCCAAGAGGUCUUCUCUGGAAACAAGGCCACUCUGCACAUCGGGAACAUCCUCCCAGUGGGGAACAUCCCCGAAGGUACCUACGUCUGCAACGUCGAGGAGAAGCCCAUGGACCGUGGCUGUCUAGCGCGAGCAUCCGGGACCUACUGCCUGGUUGUCGCACACAACAUGGAGACAAACAAGACCCGCAUCCGCCUUCCCUCCGGCCAGAAGAAGCUGAUCUCCUCGAAGGCUCGUGCCAUGAUCGGCCUUGUUGCUGGCGGCGGCCGCACAGACAAGCCCCUUCUCAAGGCAGGAAACGCUUACCACAAGUACAAGGCAAAGCGAAACUGCUGGCCGGUCGUUCGUGGUGUAGCAAUGAACCCUGUUGACCACCCCCAUGGUGGUGGUAACCAUCAGCACAUUGGUGUGUCUUCCUGCGUCCCGCGCAAUGCGGUCCCGGGUCAGAAGGUUGGUCUUAUUGCUGCUCGCCGCACUGGUUGCUCUGGUGGUAAGCGCAGAUGA